UUGCAGAUGUAAGCGAUGUAAACAAACGAAUGUCAGUGAUCGUAACUUAUAAUUGAAUUUGACUGAAUUACACACAUUUCAUUGGAUUCUUUUUUGAGAAAGGCAGCACUUCAAUAUGGAUCUUACCACUUUUUCCCAAGAAAGUUUUGAGCCAAAGGAAUGGAUUAACAGCAUUUUCAGAAGCCCAGAAGCACAUCAGAAUAGAGAUCAUUAUGCAUCAUCUCAAGUCUUAAGACUUCAACUUGCAAUUCAAGAAGUGAAUAAUGCUCUAGAGGAGACCAGCCAACAGGUGAUGGCCAGUUUGCCAAGGGUACUGAGAGACAUAGAAUCUCUGGGUCAUGAGGUGGCUGUGCUCAAGAACCAGAUGAAGAGUGUGAGGCAAGACAUUGAAAAGGUUGAACACAACACAGCAGCCAGCAUGCAGACCCUUGUCAAGCUUGAUUCCUUGAAAGGGAAGAUUAGUGCCUCCUCCCAGGCUCUCCGAGAGGCUGAUAACUGGACCACACUUUCGACAGAUAUUGAAGAGGUAAUGGACAGUGGAGAUAUUGAUGCUAUUGCCAGCAAGUUAGUAGCACUCCAGAAUUGUCUGGGAAUUUUGACUCAUGUACCUGACUAUGAAGAUCGUGUGGCACAUCUUGAAGGAUUGAAGGUCAGACUAGAAGCACUGGCCAGCCCACACAUUGUUGCUGCAUUUACACAGCAUAAUUUAGACGAAUCAGUGAAAUAUGCAAGACUUCUACGAUCACUAGGGCGAGUUGAUCAGCUGGAAAGUUACUAUCACAAGUGCGAGAUUGGUCAGCUGGGCACUGCUUGGCGGAAUGGAGUUGAGGGGUCCCAGUUAAGUGGCCCAGCUCUGUGGCUGACUUCCUUCUAUGACAGGCUCUCUCUGCUCAUUUCAAAUCAGUUGCGCUGGUGUGGGCAGGUCUUUGAAGGAUCCGAUGCCAAUCUUUUGCUUUCUCAACUGGCUGCUUCUACAUUAUCAUCGCUUGAUCCUCCCAUCAGCCAAGUUAUUGCUGCCUCAACCAAGCAACAGGAGGAACCACUGGCAUUUCUUAUAAGUGUUAAAAGCUCUGGAGAUCAAUUUUUAAGAGAUUUCGAAUCUUCAGUUGGCAUUGCAAAACCAGGCCAAGAGUUGUUGUACCAGUCUCAGAGGGCAGUCUUGCAGGCUAUCUACAGCCCAUUACAAGAACAGGUUUUGAAAUAUCAAGAAUAUGAAGAGGCUCUUCUGCUGUCUCAUCUAAUAUCUGCUGAUAUUGUAAAGAAUGACAUGGCAGAAACCUUACGAAGGUUGAGAGAAUAUUGCAGUAAACUUUCAAGUCAAGCUGAGGUGGCAGCAGAGAGGAUGUUUGCAGCUGACAAAUGGAUGGACUUUCCCAAGCUUGAUUUUUGCAUUAGUGAACUGGUUAUGGCAGUUGAUAACAUGGAACACUCCUUGGCCACAAUGUUUACAAAUGCUGCAGCAAAGUUUAUAUGGGAGCCUGCUACACCCUUUUCUGCAACUCCAGAUCUCCUUCUCUCAAAACAAGGAGUUGAUAACUUGAGGCAAUUAGUUGUUAAGGUUGUCGAUGAAGAUGAUCGACUCUUGGAGAACAGUAUGACACAGUCUCAGGCACAGUGUCAGAGCACAGUGGAGGUGGCCCUCCACACCAUCAUGAACCCAGUGUCUUCUCAGCUGGCCUCCUUGCCGGACCUACCAGCAUGGAACUCACGUCAGGGAACUACAUCACAUCUCUCACUGUCUUUUUCACCACAGGAGUAUGUUACACAGAUAGGACAGUACCUGAUGACACUACCACAGCACCUGGAGCCAUUGCUGGUGAAUCAUAGCCCAGCACUGAACCGUGCUUUGCAGGAGGCCAAUACAACAUGUAGCUCUGGGCCAUCUGGAAGGGUUGUAAGUGAGAGUGAAGUGAGUGCAGCUGAUUUUCUCAUUAACAGUGUUGGACAAAACACUUGUAAGCUUUAUACAGAUGCCAUUUUGAAGAUCCCAGAGAUAACUACAUCCAUGAUCACGCAGCUCACUACAGAUAUUGACUAUAUCUGCAACAUCUUAGAGGACCUCGGAGUUACAUCUUGUGAUUCCAUUAGACAACUCAACCUCCUUCUAAAAGCACCAGUGGAACAGUAUUGGAAGAUUGCUCCUGGAAAUAACCCACGCCUCAUUGCUGCAGUUCGACAGAUGCGAAACAUUCCUGUACAGUCAUAAUACUUAACCUCUUAAGAAAUUGUUGGUACUAUUUUGAGGGUUGGUGCAUUUUUGGAUGUUUGGGUUAUUUUAUUAAUAG